AUGCUGUGGAUUGCAAGUCUCUGCCUCCUCUUGGCGCCGUCCAUUCUUGGAGCCCCGGCAAACAAACAGAGACAGAAGGUGUUGUUGAUCUCCUUCGAUGGAUUCCGGUGGGAUUACGACCGCGAUGUGGACACCCCACACCUUGACAAAAUGGCCAAGGACGGAGUCAAAGCCCUGUAUGUCACACCUCCUUACCUCACUAUCACCAGUCCAGCACACUUCAGCCUCUUGACAGGCCGCUACAUUGAGAAUCACGGGGUAAUCCACAACAUGUGGUUCAACACAACCAGCACUGAGAAGAAGCCUUACUAUCAGACUCAGUUUGUGAAUGAGUGGUGGGACAAUGGUACUCUGCCUAUCUGGAUCACAGCGCAGCGACAGGGCCUUAAAUCUGGCUCUCUACACUUUCCUGGAACAGCAUCCAGUUACCAGGGAGAGGUUGCUAUGGUGCAGGAAGUUGAGCCAAUAUUUUACAACUACAAGAAUGAGACUGCUUGGCGAGAAAACGUAGACAAGGUGAUGGACUGGUUCAGCAACCAGGAUCUGGACUUCAUAUCCCUUUACUUUGGGGAGCCAGACGGCAUCGGUCACAGGUACGGCCCCGACUCCCCGGAGCGACAGGAGAUGGUGAAGCAAGUGGACCGGACGGUGGGCUACAUUCGACAUUCGGCCGAACAACACGGGCUGAACGACAGACUGAACAUCAUCAUCACAGCAGACCACGGCAUGAGCGCGGUGUACCGAAAUGGUCUAGUCGAAGAGAUCACGCUGUCCAAAAUCCCGGGGUUCUCGUUCAGCGACAUUGCCUUUCACCUGGUGGACUUUGGGCCUUCUGGGAUGCUGUUGCCUAAGCCGGGCAAGCUACAGAAGGUCUAUGACGCUUUGAAGGGGUCACAUCCACACCUCCAUGUGUUCAAGAAGGAGGAGAUGCCAGAGCGCCUCCACUUUGCCAAAAAUGAUCGAAUCCUCCCCAUCAUUUUAUGGUCCGACCCUGGAUAUGUAAUCAACGGGGCAAGUGGGAGUCCCAGGAGUAACACCUCUACGUCGACAAGGGACGAGGGUGGGAGUCCAGGGAGUCCACCUCUACGCUCGAGAAGGAACGAGGUGGGAGACCGGGAGUCCACCUCUACGUCGAGAAGGGACGAGGUGGGAGACCGGGAAUCCAACCCUACGUACGAGAAGGCGACGAGGUGGGAGACCGGUGAGUCCACCUCUACGUCGACAAGGGACGAGGUGGGAGCUCAGGAGUCCACCUCUACGUCGACAAGGGACGAGAGUGGGAGUCCAGGAGUCCACCUCUACGUCGACAAGGACGAGGUGGGAGUCCAGGUGUCCACCUCUACAUUCGAGAAAGGGACUAGGUGGAGUCCAGGAAGUACACCACCAACCGUCGAGAAGGGACGAGGUUGGAAAACCGAGAUAUAUAUAUCUGGUCACUCGAGUGUCAAGGACAGGAGCCAGUGA